AUGUUGCCACUUUUCACCUGCAAAUUCUUGAUCUUCUCACACAUUUCAGCGCAAAUUGUCGUACCCGAGAAGUCUUACAACCGGAAGUGGAUCAUCAUCAUGGACGCCAUCUCAAUGUGGCUUCUCCCCAUGGAGAUCUUCACGACGAUAUGCCCGGCGUUCGGCCUUACCGGGAAUUUGUUGAUGAUAAUAGUGACGCUUCGCGCAAAAAACCUGAAUACGGCUUGUCAUCGGCUGAUAGGCACCACUUGUCUGGCCGAUUUCCUGCAUCAACUGGGCCAAAUUCCGUUUCUUUACGGGUUGUAUACGAGGACACAAUGGACUACGCAAGAGCAAUGUUAUUUGCUGCAGCCGUUUGUUGCCCAGCAAUGUAGCUAUCGUCAAAACCAAAGCACCACUAUGUAUUUCCUCAUCCAUCUCACCGCCCCAGUUGCCUAUUUUGCCAUCUUCGCCUUUUACGCAGCUCAAUAUCGUAAUGAUAGACCGGCAAUGUGUGCGCCACCAGAGUUUUUUGACGGGCCGUCCAACAAUUUAUGGGCCGAAGUUUCGGUCGGGCUAAACGCGCUAGUCGUCGUUGCCUAUAUACUUGUCUACGUCAAGCUGCGCACCUCUACGUUCAGUAACGCUGCUCGCAGCGUCUUUAAGUCGCUCUUCAUCACCGUCACGAUUGUCAGUUGCGGCUGGUUUGCAACAAUGUUCACAAAUUUCAUGUCCGUCAUGAUCGGUGCUACCGGAAACACUCUUUUCCUGAUCCAGGCAUACGCCGGGAUUCCCGUGAAUUUCGCCGUUGCAUGCAAUUUCCCCGUAUACUACACGAUCAGCACAGAACACCGCAAUGCUAUACGACAAAUGCUAGGAUUGGCCCAGAAGGGGCAGAAUAAGGAAUUGAUGACCCAGACGAACGAUGGGUCUUCGCGACGAUCGCAAUCACUUGUCGUCACUUCCCAAGGACCCCAACAGCAAUUUCGCAAGACGAGCUUCUCGGCCACUACGGUCACAAUAUGU